AUGGCAGAGAACUCGGACAAAGUUCCGAUCACCAUGGUAGGACCUGAUGACAUUGAGUUUUGCAGUCCUCCGGCAUAUGCCACCGUGACCCUGAAACCCUCCAGCCCUACGCGUCUGCUCAAGGUCGGAGCCGUGGUCCUCAUUUCCGGCGCGGUGCUGCUGCUCUUCGGCGCCAUCGGAGCCUUCUACUUCUGGAAGGGGAAUGACAAUCACAUUUACAAUAUUCAUUACACCAUGAGUAUCAAUGGGAAAUUACAAGAUGGGUCAAUGGAAAUAGAUGCUGGGAACAACUUGGAGACCUUUAAAAUGGGAAGUGGAGCCGAGGAAGCGAUUGAAGUUAAUGAUUUCCAGAAUGGGAUCACCGGAAUCCGUUUUGCUGGAGGAGAGAAGUGCUACAUCAAGGCACAGGUGAAGGCUCGUGUCCCUGAGGUGGGCAUUGUGACCAAGCAAAGCAUCUCUUCUGAGCUGGAAGGCAAGAUCAUGCCAGUUAAAUAUGAAGAAAACUCUCUUAUCUGGGUGGCCGUGGACCAGCCUGUGAAGGACAAUAGCUUCUUGAGUUCUAAAGUCCUUGAACUCUGUGGCAACCUCCCUAUUUUCUGGCUUAAGCCUAUGUAUCCAACAGAAAAUUUUGCAGAGAUCCAAAGACAGAGAAGAGAAGUAGUAAGAAACAUUGCUCCCUCCACCACGAGAAGACCGCACAGUGAACGAGGCAACCCAGGCCCUAGAAGACUGAGUAACGAAACCAGGCCUAGUGUUCAGGACGACGCAGAGCCUUUCAAUCCCGACAAUCCAUACCACCAGCAGGAAGGAGAGAGCAUGACAUUUGACCCUAGACUGGAUCAUGAGGGAAUCUGCUGUAUAGAAUGCAGGCGGAGCUACACCCACUGCCAGAAGAUCUGCGAACCUCUGGGAGGCUACUAUCCAUGGCCUUAUAAUUACCAAGGAUGUCGUUCAGCCUGCAGAGUUGUCAUGCCGUGUAGCUGGUGGGUUGCCCGCAUCUUGGGCAUGGUGUAA